ACUCGCGGUGGUUGACGGGACGUCGGCGGACUGUGUGCCUGAACUGAGGGAACGUGCGUGUCCCCAGUGUCCGCUCCGGUCGUCAAGUCGGGAAUGCCCGGUUGAGCGGCGUGCUGUGUGACGAAGUGACGGAGGACGCUGCACCGUGCGAGGAGUCAUGGUUGUAGUUUGUGGGGUUUAUUAGCAUCGCAGCACCCGAUAGAAGUUUGACUCGUUGAGCUAGCUGACGUUAGCCCGCUUCAUUGAUUCGUAGCAUACCCGCAAGCCGGUUAGCUAGCUAGCUCCCGAAGUAAGCUAGUUUCCGUGCGUCGGAGGGGUGGGGGUGGGUAGGGGGACUGUUUGCCGGACUGGUGAACACGGCCGGCAGAGGAGGGGGGGGGGGGCACCAGGCAGGCAGGCAGGCAGGCCGGCGGGGUUGUGAGAACGAGACGGGGUGGAAGUGUGUCAGGAGCGGCUGAUGAGUUCAGACCAGAGCGGAGAGCCGCCGCUGCUGCAGGAGGAGGCUGAUCCCGGACCGAAGACCGGUGGGGAGAACGAGGCUCCGCCGAGCAACGAGGGAGGCUCAGGCGGCAUGGUCACUUCUAAGGGCACCAGUUUGAACCCGAAUGCCAAGGUGUGGCAGGAGUUAUCUGUGACCCCCAGUGAGGUGGUGACCAACAGCCCUCAUUGGCCUCCGUCGGACCUCAGUGAUGGUUAUGAGGAGCCGUUGUGGGCUGGUUGCAAGCCGUACACUGUGGUAUUGCCAGGACCCGAUGGAAGCAGCAGCAGCACAGCCACAGCUGAGAUAUCAAUCAAUGGAAUGGACCCUCCAGAGUUGGCAUUUUCCCCUGCUGAGCUCACCACCACAGGGACCUCAGAUGCCAAAACAGAAGAUCGGCCAGUCUCAACAGAGAAUCUACGAGAGUCUCUGAAAAAAGAGCUUGAGUUUUAUUUCUCAAGAGAGAACCUCUCAAAGGAUCUGUACCUGAUGUCCCAGAUGGACAGUGACCAGUUUGUCCCAAUUUGGACCAUUGCCAGCAUGGAUGGCAUCAAGGUUCUCACCAGUGACAUGGAGCUCAUUUUGGAUGUGUUGAGAUCAUCACCCAUGGUACAAGUGGAUGAGAAAGGGGAGAAAGUGCGCCCCAACCACAAACGGUGUAUUAUCAUCCUCCGGGAGGUCCCUGAGACCACACCUGUUGAGGAAGUGGAGUCACUGUUCAAAAACGGCAACUGUCCGAAGGUGAUAAGCGUUGAGUUUGCACACAAUAACAACUGGUACAUCACAUUCCAGUCGGACACAGAUGCUCAGCAGGCUUAUGAGUACUUGCGAGAGGAGGUAAAAACAUUUCAGGGAAAACCCAUAAUGGCCAGGAUAAAAGCCAUCAACACGUUCUUUGCAAAGAACGGCUACCGUAGCAUGGACAGCAGCCUUUACUCCCAGCAGACCCAGAGCCAUUCCCACUACAGCUCCCCUCUCUACAUGCAGCACGUCUACCCCCACCAACAGUAUCCCGUCUACGGCAUUGUGCCCCCCACCUGGACCCAUUCGCCCGCUCCCUACUUUGAAACUCCUUUGGCACCUUUUCCCAACAGUAGCUUUGUGAAUGGAUAUGGCUCUGCACACUACAAAACUGGAUCUGGUUCUCUUACGAUCACUCGGCCUUUCAACAGAAAUCGUGUCCCACUCUAUUCAAGAAAGAAUGUUAUAAAUGCCUUCAGAAACCACGUGAAGCCCCCCGUGAGGACGAACGAGAUAACUCCAACAUCCAUUGCUUCUGUCCCCCUGGAGAAUCUGAUGGGACUGCGGAGUCCACAGCCGCAUGCCCCCGUUAACACAGCACAGGCUGCCUCUGACCUGAGCUCCAUGUUCUCACAUCUAUCUUCCUCGUGCUCCUCUUUGGACCCGAACGAUGACAGUAGCAUGGCUGGACGUGGACGACGGAGCACAAUUUAUAGAGGAACACGUAGAAGGCGAGAAGAUGAACGGUUUAUGAGGCCUGUACCGCUGGCUGAGGUUAAGGUUUCCCCUCCCAAAUUUGACUUGGCUGCAACCAAUUUCCCUCCUCUUCCUGGCUGUGUGAGCAGUAUUCAAGGAGAGCCAGUGCUUGAGAACCGAAUGUCGGAUGUUGUUCGUGGUUUGUACAAGGACAAGAUGGAAGCGGUAAAUAAAGAAAGCAGUGUUAGUACAGCUGUGGUCACAGAGGAUGCUUUGGCGUGCUCAAGUCCAACCCAGAUUGCCACAAAGUCUGUCGCACAACCACUUGCACCACUGGCCCCUAGGAGUCAGGAGCAGCGGGUCGAGCAGACGGAGCUGGUCGUUUCAAAAGCGAUUGCCAGCAUGCCGGCUGAAACCGCCGUCAUCCCCACCUCCUCCACCCAAGCUGUGCAUAGCUGGAGGCCUCCAGCGCCGCCUCCCGCCUCAACCCCACUAAAGCCCAGCACACCCCCACCUCUUCUUGCUGCCGUUCCUGCACCUGCACAGGAGCCCCGCAAACUAAGCUAUGCUGAGGUGUGCCAACGGCCUCCCAAGGACCCCCCGCCCAUGGCCCCUGUCCUGCCCCUCUGCAGUGCGGGGGCAGGCCAGCCUUUGCGCGAGUUGCGCGUGAACAAGUCGGAGGAACCCAGUUCCAACUGCCCUACUGGAGACAAGCCGGAGCGAGGCCACGACAGAGAGGCGGCGCGGGAGUGCACAGAUAGCUGGCCCACACGUGAACGUGACUCCAAGAGCUACUACCGCAGCAACGGGCCCCGAGGCACUACCACCGACCUCAAGUUCAGAGAGCAGAGGCGGCUGCCUAUUGCCCGACGCCACUCUCCACAGGGAAAUUACAGGCACGCUGGCAAAGAGCAGAAUAUCCCACCGGUAUUGCCAAAGUAAUGGAAAACAAAACUCUAUGAAUAGAAAAAAGAUGUAUGAAACGCCACAUGGAUAUGUCUAAUUAUAUAAAAAUGAUUAACAUAAAAGCAACAACAUUAUGGUAGCUACCUUCCCCUUGGAACUUGUCCACAUGGCGGCACAUCCAGGACUUGUGAGCUAAAUGACUGAUGACCUGAAACAAGUGAUUUGGAAAGGCUUUUCUGGCGUUGUGCUCAAAAGAAUUGACUUUCCACGGAGGUCGUCUAUUUUGUGCUUGCCUUGGGAAAGGUAGGAUGCUGGUGCCCUGUAAGUGGCCCUCUACCACCUUUUAAUUUCAAAAACAAUAAGCACUAAAGAGAACAUGCAUAUGUCAUGUACAUAUACAAAGAUAUCACUAACACACAAUGAGCUGUGCUUUAGUUUGCAAAUAUGACUGAAGGGGUUGACUGUUUCUGCAUUGUUAUAGCAAAAUGAUGUUUAAUGAGACAGAGUCCUUAUACUGGUAGCUGUGGGCAAUGACAUGGUUGUCUGAUCCCAAUUCACGUUUGGCUUAAAAGUUGUGGCAGUCAAAAAUCAAUGCUUUUUUUUUUUUUUUUUUCUUCUUUCUUCCCCCCUUCUCUUUCUUGUGAGCUCUGCUCCACGAUUUUCAUGUUGCUUUCGAUCUCAAACCUUUCAAACGUUUUGGAUUCAGAACAUUGAUCAGGAUCUCUGUUUACAUGUUUGUGUAGUGUAUCAGGGACGAUACAAAACUGUAAACGCUCACAGGAUGUUUGAACUGCACUUAAGUGGUGGCCUGGCAUUGAAGUCUGCGGCGUGCAGUUAGCUGAGGGCUCAGCUAUGUUUGGAUGUAAAAUAAUUGUCAUUAUCAGCUACCUGAGAUCGCGGCACGCUAGCAUACAGUCCGCCGAAUGUCGUUGUUUUGGCCCAGCAAAAGUGGAUUUGUGAAAAGACCAUAGAAGUAUAGUUGGCUGCGCUAUUAGUUCUUAAAACCCCUUAACUAGAUGUGUGUGGGAGAUUUCAAUUAGUAGUAUGGAGGCUUCUGACAGAAGGGGUCAACCUGAUUGUGCUUUUUAGGGUGAGUUUGCUUCUUUUUUUUAAUUUUGGAAAAAUAACUGGUUAACAUUAGAAUGUUGAAAUUUGAGCUCACUGUACGUAUUGCUUUUUAAAUAUUUAUAAUUUUGUUGCGCAAGGUUUUUUCUCUGAAUCUUGGUAGGCUGGUUUCCCCAAAGUUGUGUGAAAUCGCAGUGACAAAACCAAAUGGAAUCAUGCUGUGUAAUGAACCGUUCCAUGCCAGCGAGAGAGAUGAUGAUGCUUUGGGUGUAGAGGUGCAGUAAAUGAGGAAGCAAUCACUGGAUCUGCCAUUUGGUUUUCACCAAUGAGUUGAAUCAACAAGAAAUGCACUAAUGCUCGUGGAAAAUGUGAAAUGAUUUUUGCAAACAUUUGCUUGACAGGCAGAGAUAUGACCACCACCACCACCGUCCUUUUCAUGUUUGGCUCAAUUUGUUGAUUUUGUUUUUGGUUUGGGAUUGUAAAAGGAAAUAUAAACAAGUGUUUGAGACACAAUCCAAGAACUGUAAUAAUUGUCACCAAAUAAAUUAUUUUGAUUUGG